GCAACCUUGUUAUCAGAAGCUGAUAUUAAAGAAAUUAGAGAAUCAAGAGAUAGGAUACCCAAUAUAUCAAAAAUAAUGGCUAAAAAAUUUUAUAUUGGCCCUAAACAGAAUUCCCAAAUUUAUAAAAAGAAACAGAUUCCUGAAGCGGUACCAGAAGAAGUAUCUACACCCCUUCUAUCUAUAGAGAUUCCAAAAAAGAAUAGUCAAAAAGGGAAGGUUAAAAUAGAUAAGAAGCCGAUUACUGAAGCAACCAGUAUGGUAAAAAAAAAUAACAAAAAUAAUAUGGCCUCUUCCUCUGACAAUUCGUUUAAUACAUCCAGAGAAGAUAGGCUGGAAUCUCUUCUUGAAAACUUAGUCAAACGUGGUGAAAAGCUUAAAAGCUUAACAGUUGAUACUUCUGAUAUCUUUUCUAUAUAA